AUGACGGAGAGUUCAAGUGCCAUUUCACGCUGGCUGGAGCUCCAGGACACGGCGACAACUCAGGGCCCACUGUUGAGCCCAGGCAAUGACUUUCCCCUGCGUACCCUGCCCUCUCUCCCCUCCAACAGCUCGCUCUCUGAAGUAGACUCGGAAGACGCCCCCCGAGUGGCUGCUGCCCCCCCUACCAACAUCGCGAGCCUCAUCCACCCACCCACACCGACUAUGCCCGAUGACCAAGCCGCCGCUGCUCGACGACGUUCCUCCUCCAUCGCCAGCGCCAUCCUUCCGGCUUUCAAAGCCCCAGUCCCAAAGAGACACAGGAGAAACCGGCCGAGCGACCACAUAUCCGAGGAGGGCGAAGACCUGUACUCCGGCCCAGAGCGCUCCGACUCCGACUCGCGCAGUGACAGCACCGAUUUCGAACUCGACGACAUGAGCGCCGACGGCCUCGAAGAUGACGAGGAGACUGGCCUCACCAAGAGAGACCGCCGGCGGCGACGGCGGAGAAAGCGCAGGAACACCCUGCUCGAUCAGCGCAUUGUGCCAGGGGAGAACAACUACACGAAAGAGGAGAAGAAGCUGGCUGACCAAAAUCUCCUCCGGUCAAUGACCAUGAACGGAGUUCUCAUUGCACUCUGGUACCUUUUCUCCAUAUCCAUAUCCGUCUACAACAAAUGGAUGUUCAAGGAAGAAAAGGGCGACGGCGAAACGGCCAACAUCUUUCCUUUCCCUCUUUUCACCACAUGUCUGCACAUGGUCGUCCAAUUCUCACUUGCAUCACUCGUCCUCUUUCUCGUCCCCUCCCUGCGUCCCCGCCACGACUCCCUCAACCCUCACGCGACCGGAGUGCGUGCAGAGCCAGUAGACCCAAGCAAGCCGCUCAUGACCAAGUGGUUUUAUUUUAGCAGAUUAGGGCCGUGUGGUGCCGCCACAGGCAUGGACAUUGGGUUGGGCAAUACGAGUUUGAAGUUCAUCUCGUUGACCUUUUUCACAAUGUGCAAAUCAUCUGCACUCGGCUUUGUCCUCAUCUUCGCAUUCCUCUUUCGCCUAGAACAACCCUCGUGGCGACUGGUGUUCAUCAUCCUCGUCAUGACCGCCGGUGUAGUCAUGAUGGUCGCUGGCGAAGCAGCCUUCCACGCCCUGGGCUUCAUCCUCGUCAUGGUAUCAGCCUGCUCCUCCGGAUUCCGCUGGUCUCUGACUCAAAUCCUCCUCCUGCGCAACCCCGCAACCGCAAACCCCUUCUCCUCCAUCUUCUUCUUGGCGCCCGUCAUGUUUACCAGCAUUUUCAUUCUCGCGAUACCCGUCGAAGGCUUCUCCGCCGUGGGAGAAGGCUUGACACACUUGUUUGAAACCAAAGGCACUGGACUCGGUCUUGGCAUUCUCCUGUUCCCUGGUGUCCUCGCCUUCCUCAUGACUUCGUCCGAAUUUGCUCUGCUGAAGCGCACUUCGGUCGUUACCCUUAGCAUUUGCGGCAUCUUCAAGGAAGUCGUUACGAUUGGAACGGCAAACCUCGUAUUCAAGGAUCCACUUACCCCCAUCAACUUGACUGGACUCGUCGUCACGAUUGGCAGUAUUGCUGCCUACAACUAUAUGAAGAUCAAGAAGAUGAGACAGGAGGCACUCAUGGAGGCGCAUCUUCAGAACCAAGAGACGUAUGCGCCAGUAAGAAUGGCGGAUCCCGAUCACAGGGACAGGAGAGGCUCGGUAGCGCAUGCUCCAAGCCGAGGGGUUGUGGGUGUGAGGUCCAGUCUACAACUUGGAUCUAGCAUCAUUGGACCGCCUGGAGGAGAUGGCUCUGCAAGAGCAAGUCCAGUGAAGAGACCAGAGAAUCUCGAGUAG